AAACAAUUCAUUAAACACUUUUAACACAAUGUCUUUGCCUUGCUUCUUUACUCUUUCCUUCCUCCUCUUCUGCAUCUGCGCUCAAGGUGUUGUCCCUCCUUCCCAAACUUUCAAUUUUGUCAAUGAAGGCGAAUUUGGAGACUACAUAGUUGAAUAUGAUGCCAACUAUAGAGUUUUGUCUGUCUUUAGCUCCCCGUUCCAGUUAUGUUUCUACAACACCACGCCGGGUGCCUAUACUUUGGCUUUACGUAUGGGUACUGUGCGGUCUGAAUCGUUGAUGCGUUGGGUUUGGGAGGCGAAUCGUGGCAAUCCCGUUGGAGAGAAUGCGACGUUCUCGCUUGGGGCAAAUGGUAAUCUAGUCUUGGCUGAUGCUGAUGGUCGUGUGGCAUGGCAGUCUAACACUGCUGACAAGGGUGUUGUGGGGUUUCGGUUGUUACCAAAUGGUAACAUGGUACUUUAUGACUCCAAUGGCAGUUUUGUCUGGCAGAGUUUUGACUUGCCAACGGAUACUCUAUUGGUGGGCCAAGCCCUUCGUCUGAAGGGCCCGAAUAAGCUCGUGAGCCGGCUUUCUGAGAAGGAGAACAAGGAUGGGGCUUAUAGCUUGGUCUUGGAGUCCAACAGAUUUGUAUUGUACUAUGCAAGUAAGAAUUCUCCUAGGCCCAUGUUAUAUUUUGAUGCAACGGACUAUCUCUCGCUUGGAAAGCUCGACGUUUUGACAUUCAAUAGCCAGCCCGAGACAGAGGAUGCAUUUGCUUAUGAAAUAAGGUUGGAGAAUCCAAAUGCAGGAACUCGGAUCCUAUCUCGGCCCAAAUACAACAGCACGUUAACGUAUCUCCGGUUGGGAAUCGAUGGGGGAUUAAGAGCGUAUACAUUCUACGACAAUGUGGAUUGGGGUGCAUGGGAAGAGACGUUUACACUUUUCCCUAGAGAUUCCGGUGAGGAAUGCCAGUUGCCGGAGAGGUGUGGGAGUUUCGGGCUUUGUGAGGACAGCCAGUGUGUGGCCUGCCCAUCUCCAAAUGGGCUGAUGGGAUGGAGCAAGAGCUGUGCACCUCCUAAGCUAACAUCUUGCAAACCAAAUGACAUCAAAUACUUCAAAUUGGAAGGGGUGGAGCAUUUCAUGAGCAAGUAUACUAGGGGUAGUGGGCCCGUCAAGGAGGAGGACUGCUCAAGAAAAUGCACCUCGGAUUGCAAGUGUUUGGGUUUUUUCUUCAAUCGGGCCGAGUCUAGGUGUUGGAUCGCCUACGAGCUGAAGACCCUAACGAGAGUUGCGAAUUCGACGCAUCUGGGCUAUAUUAAGGCCCCUGCUCAUUAACGAUCUGAAGAGUACUGCUGCAUUUGUUGCAAGGUGGAAGAGAAAGCCCAAAAUGUAAUGAAUCAGACAGGACGGUGUCAUUCUUAUUCUUCUCUUGCAACUUCAUUUUAUUGAUAUAUGUAAUAAAAUUGUCAUUUGGUUCCCAAACUCGAAAAAUAGACAUACAUAUAAUCUAUUGAUUAAUGGAGGAGUUAUUGGCAGAA